AUGGGGGAUUUACCUUCCAAUGAGAGAAUUGGCUCGCGAGUGGUUUUCUCUGCGCAGCGUUCGCCUGCAUCGGUGCUUGAGGAUCCAUUAGCACAACAACGGGAGAGCGCCGAUUUUGCGUUGGAGAGGACACGGGAAAAUUCAGAGGGUAGUGGUCACAAUGCGUCCAACAUUCUUCUGAUUGAUCCCAAAAAGAUCAGUGACUUUAUGCGUUUUCGAGUGAUGUUUAUUGGAAUGCUUCUUUUUAUCAGCUCCUCCACGCAGGGGCUUCACGCGCUCUUUGCCCUGUACAUGGAGAAGGUCUACAUGUAUGACGUACGCACAAUGGUAGACAUUUUUGCAGCAGGUACGGCCUUUGGCUUGUUUGUCUUUCCGUUUGGAGCCAUGUAUGACUUUUUUGGACCGAAGAUUGUCAUUGGAAUAGCUACGGCAAUAACUUCUCUGAGCCACCUUUUGUUUGGUUUGACCUUCGCCGGACACAUUGAUGCAUCAAAGACGCGAUUUUGUAUUUACUUUGCCAUGAUGAACUGGGGCUGCUACGCCUUUGACGUGGCGGCAUUACCUGCCAUUUUGACCUACGCGCCUCGUGACCGCGCUCAACCGACGGGUGUAAUGAAAACAUUUUCCGGUAUGGGCGCUUCCUUGAUUUCGUGUAUGUUCCGCGGCUUUUUUAAAAAUCGUUACGACCACUUGAUGUACUUUCUCAUGGCGAUCGUUCUUGGAUUUGGACUGAUUGGGACCUUCUGCUUAAGCAACGCUCCGUACGAAGUGACUCGGUGGGAGGAUUCUCGUAUCUCACUGAAGGAACGACUGAGGCGGCAUCUUAUUCGGAAUCGUUACAUGUCGCAGCUUUUGCCAAAGCGUCGCUUCUACAUUUUGUCUUGUCUGUUGCUGGUUAUGAAUGUGUAUCUGUCUAUACAAGCCGUUUGUGCAGCAUAUUUCCAAAAAGAAAUGACGGAGGGGCAAUACAGGGGCAUAGCUAUUGGCGCCAUUGCGAUUGUUUUGGGUAUUCUUCUUCUUUUGGUUCCCCUACAUGCCCUUGAUGGAGAUACGCCACAGGAUCAUACUGUCCUUGAACGCGCGAGAGAAAAGGAGCGUAAGUUGGCAGAGUUACGAAGGCUGCGUCUGGCACGCGAGAGGGAAGAAAAGGAUGCUGAAAAAGAAGAAGAACGCGCACAAAAAGCUGUGGCCCACCAGAAUGCAGGGGACGUGGCCAUUGAAGUGAAAGACUUGCCUAGGAUUUUAGUGGAUCAAUCGUCACCGCAUGCAGACGGGCAUUCCGUGCUGUAUGAUAAUUCCCUGCAGCACAAAGACGGGGAAAAAGAUGAUGAAGAUGGUGAGGAAACACAACACCGCAGGUAUCUUCCUUUGGACCCCGAAGUGAGUCUUUUUGAGGCGGAUGAUUUAAUUCCAAUUGAAGCGAGGGAUGACGAUGCUUCCCGAAACAGCCGGCAACGGUUGGGUAAUACUUCUAUCGCCACUAGAGUGUCGGUCUCCAAUGUUUCCUUGGCGGCUCGUAGGAAAGACAAUGAAGGCGCCGAAAUGGAUUUUAUUACGCGUGAAUUGUCGACAUACGAUCGGCCACACGUUGAGACCAUCACUGUCUGUGGUGAAGUCUUUGUUACACCCGUUUAUGAGACAUCAUUUUUGCUGAGCUUGACGUAUGUGGAUUUGUGGCUGCUUUUUUACACCGUAUUUGCCGUUUGGGGCGUUGGCAUAACGUUGACAGCGAAUUGGAACAUCCGAAUUAUGGUUGGCAGCGUCUUCAAGGGUUUGGAUUACCAAACGUAUGUUCUUUUUGCCACUUUGGCAGGUAUUUCAACUGCGUUUGGUCGGGUGGCUAUUGGUGGGUAUGAGGUUCUUCUGCUUUACAUUGGUAAAAGGAGAGGUGUUAUGUUGCCCGCUACUAUCGCACUUCCUGUGCCCAGUGUGAUGUUGUCACUGGCUCUCAUCUUUUACCUUUCCUUUCCUGGAAAUUAUUCACUUCUCGUGGUUUAUAUAAUUGCCGCCGUCGCCUACGGUUUCAGCACUUCAAUGACCAUAUAUGUCAUUGGUAUUAUAUUUAAGCGUGACAUUGGAAUGCACUACGGGUUUUGCUUCUUAGGUGCCGCCCUUGGCAUUGUGUUGCUGUACCGCGUGCUCCUUUUCCAUGUGUAUGAUCAUCACAAAUCAGGUUUGACCCCCAGUUUACAGGUGAAUAAAGAAGGUAUUUGCAUGGGAAAGGAAUGCCUGCAGAAGACGCUGAUUGUGUACCUCAUUCUUGUCUUUUUGUCUAUCGGCACGAGUAUCUGGCUGCACUACCGCUACUGGAAGUUGGUUCACGGCAAACUGAAGCAUAAGCGCGUUAUAACACACUUUGUGAAGAAGCGUCUUCGCCGAAUAAAUAGAAGACGGGAAAAAUGCCACGCAACAGAGGAAGGGGCACAACAACAACAACAAGAAGAAGAAGAAGAGGAAAAGCGAUAG